AUGAGUUAAUUAUCUACUUCUUUAUCUAAAAUAUUUGGAAUAAUAUUCGUAAGAUCAUAGGAUGGUACAAGACUGUACUCGAAAUACUACCCAUAGUUGUUUCCAAAGAAUUUAUUAAGAGUGCCAGAGGGUGUGCUUACAAAUAUUGACGUGUAAAAAUAAUUCGAACAUAAUGUAUGGGAGAAGGGAAAGAGAGUUGGAGCUCGUUUGACUAAGGGAAGUGAAACUGAGAUAUUUCAAUAUUGCUAGUUUAACAUUGUAAUGAAGGCAUUUAAUGAAGUACACUUGUUUGUGUUGGGUGACUUUGAGGAAAAUGAGAUCAUAUUGUCAUAAGUUAUAAAUGGAAUCUAUGAGUCAUUGAAUCACAUAACAAAGGAUCAUAUCAAUAAGAAAACCUUAUUAGAGAACUUUGAUCAAGUCAUAAUAAUAAUUGAUGAGAUUUGUGAUCAGGGAAUAAUCAUUACAAUAGAUCCAUCAGUGAUCAUAGCCAGAGCAACCAUGAGAGAUACUGAAGCCAUAAACUUGGAAAAACAAGAAAGCACUAGUAUAUAAGGAGGAGCAUUUUCUUCAGUAUUCGCAUCUGCCAAGAGGACUUUUGCUUAGCAAUUUAUGGGAUCUGGUUGAAUGUUAUUAAAUUUCUAAUAUUAUGUGAAUAGAAAAUAAAUGAUGUUGUUUAUUAA